AUGAAUUGGUUACUUGACGAUCUAUGGUUACAAAAUACUAUGCGAUGGUUUGUACCACCACCACCAAAACUAAUGUUUCAUGCUAAUAAUUCUUCAAUGACUUCAUUUUUCGAUUAUGUGAAUCCAAUUGUUGACCGAUUAUCACCAACAGAUUCCGGUGAUAAUCUACUUGAUUAUUAUGGUGCUUAUACAAAUCGAGCAUCACGUCAUCUAAAUUCAUUAAAAGCAAAUAGAAUAACAAAAACAUUUCAUUAUGAAUAUAUAACAUUAAAUUGUUUGGGUAAAGGUGGUUUUGGUCAAGUUUAUGAUGGUCGACGAAGAUCAAAUAAUAAUCCUGUUGUUAUUAAAUUUUUACCAAAAAAUCGUAUACUUAAUUGGAGCAUACUUGAUAAUAAAAAUAUUCCAUCGGAAAUUGAAAUUCUUUCUCGACUUCGUGGUGUAGCUGGUAUUAUUCGUAUAAUAGAAUAUUUUGAAGAACCAGAUCGGUUUAUAUUUACAAUGGAAAAAAUUCCCAGUUCAUGUACAUUGUUUCAGUUUGUUAUGGAAAGUUCACCAUUACCAAAUACCGAAUUAUUAAGACAUAUAUUUCGUGAACUUAUUCGUAUUAAUAUCAUAUUACAAAGUUAUAGUAUUUGGCAUCGUGAUUGUAAACUUGAAAAUAUACUUUAUUGUAAAUCUGAUCGUACAUUACAUUUUAUUGAUUUUGGUUCAGCUGCUCCGGCACAACUCGAUGAUUUUCAUGAAUUUCAAGGUACAUUAGAAAUUAUGGUACCAGAAUGGAUUUCACAAAGACGUUAUGAUGGUGAACGAUCAUGCGUAUGGGCAUUAGGCAUUUGUUUAUAUUUUCUACUUUUUCAACAAUAUCCAUUUCGUUCAAAAGCAGCAAUUCUUGGUGGCCGAUCACAAUUACCAUUUACAAGUUCAGUUGAUAAACAAGCAUAUCAUACAAUGAAACAGUGUCUACAUUUGAAUGAACAUCGUCGUCCAAAAUUAGGAAAUCUUCAAUAUUUAUCAUGGCUUGAUUAA